CACACUCUCCCUGCAGACACAACCGAAAAACCAAGGGGAAAAAAUAGUAAAGAAACGGAGCGAGGCGAGGCGAGGCUCCGCUCCUCCUCCCCGGUCUAUCCUGCCUGAUCCAAAUCCUCCCUCGCUUCAUAUAUCCUCCUCCGACGAAAAUAAUUCCAUUCAUUCCUUCCGCACCGGCACCCGCAUCUGGGCAAGGAGGGCUCGUCGUCGUCCCUUGCUCGUCUCCGUCCUGCGCCGCCGCCGCCGCCAUGGCCACCGAGGAAGCUGCCAAGCCGUCCCCGAUCCCGCCCUACCCUGAGAUGAUCCUGGCGGCGAUCGAAGGUCUGGGAGACAAAAACGGGUCGAACAAAUCGGCCAUCUCCAAGUUCAUCGAGGACAAGUACGGCGAGCUGCCCCCGGCGCACGCGUCGCUGCUGACCGCGCACCUGGCGCGGAUGAAGGAGUCCGGGGAGCUCAUCUUCCUGAAAAACAACUACUUCCGCGCCGACGCCCCCGACGCGCCGCCCAAGCGCGGGCGCGGGCGCCCGCCCAAGGCGCGGGACCCGAACGCUCCCCCGCCACCGCCCAAGUCGCCGGCUUCCGCGGGGACGGGCCGCGGCCGCGGCCGCCCGCCCAAGGCCAAGAGCGCGCUCGACGCCGCCGUCAAGCAGGCCACCGCGGGGAUGCCCAAGGCCCGCGGCCGCCCGCCCAAGAAGGCCAAGACCUCCGAGGACGGCGCGUCCCCGGCUCCCAAGCCCGCGCCAACCCCUGCCCCCGCCGGCGACGGCUCCACCCCCGUCAAGCGUGGCCGCGGUAGGCCCCCCAAGGUACGCCCCGUCGUGCCUAGCGAGACGGCCGCGGCUUGACGCCGCCGCUGCUGCUUGCGGUUAGUGCUUCCCGCCGUGAGGACGGGGCUGGUUCUGGUUGGUUAGGAGGUAGCAAUUCGUCGUUGCCGCUGCUGCUGCUGCCGUAUUAAUGUUGGUAGACUUGAGGUUUCGUUGCUUCAUCUAAUUGUCGUCGUCGUCGUCGCUGUUGUUCGUCUCUGGAUUAAUUAAUGGAGUAAUUAGGAGGAUUUGAUGGCGCUGCCUGUGUUCUGUGUUGCUGUUCAGUUGAGGUCACCCGUGUGUUCUAUGUUAUGUGCUGCUGGAUCUGUUGUAAAACUGAUGAGCUAGGUGAGCUUGAGUGAUGCCUGUGUUGAUUAAGUAUUGUUAAGCUGCUAAUGUGGAUGAUGUGUACAAUUAAAUUAAAUUAGCGGAUGGUGGUGAUGUUCCUGA